AUGGCUUGUUUGACUCGGGUUUUAACGGUUUCUUACCCGAUAAAGCCGUUGUAUGGAUUUUAUUCUUGCAGUUCUCAUAACUGGAGGAUGAGUAGAUUUGCAGGUGCUUCUGAUCACAAAUUGAAUUUGAGAUGGAAAGCAAUGGCAUCAGAAUCAGAUUCUUCUUCUUUUGCUAUUUCAGCUGACUCUGAUUCUGCUGAUAGAAACGCUGCCGGGUUCUGUAUUAUAGAAGGUCCAGAAACAGUGCAGGAUUUUGCUAAAAUGGAAUUGCAAGAGAUUCAUGAUAAUAUUCGAAGUCGAAGGAAUAAAAUUUUUUUGCAUAUGGAGGAGGUUCGUAGACUAAGGAUACAACAGAGAAUCAAGAAUGCAGAACUUGGAAUCUCCAAUGAAAAUCAAGAGAGUGAACUUCCUGACUUUCCAUCAUUCAUUCCAUUCUUGCCUCCCUUGACUGCUGAAAAUCUGAGGCUGUAUUAUGCUACUUGUUUUUCUCUUAUUGCUGGGAUUAUCAUUUUUGGUGGCCUUCUAGCACCCACAUUGGAGCUUAAGCUUGGAUUGGGGGGCACAUCAUAUGCAGAUUUUAUCCAUACUAUGCAUCUGCCAAUGCAGCUGAGUCAGGUUGAUCCGAUAGUGGCAUCAUUCUCUGGGGGAGCAGUUGGAGUCAUCUCAGCCUUGAUGGUGGUUGAAAUAAACAAUGUAAAACAACAGGAACAUAAAAGAUGCAAAUACUGUCUUGGAACUGGGUACCUUGCUUGUGCUCGUUGCUCGAGCACAGGAGCACUUGUUCUUAUUGAACCAGUUUCAACAGUCAAUGGUGCUGUUGAGCCUCUAUCAAGACCUAAAACAGAAAGAUGUUCAAAUUGUUCAGGAUCUGGAAAGGUCAUGUGUCCUACGUGCCUUUGCACCGGGAUGGCUAUGGCAAGUGAACACGACCCGCGGAUUGAUCCAUUUGACUAG